AUGACCACUGCCACAUUCAAAUACAUCGACCCGGCUUCCUACGACCCCCACGCCACCGAGCCUUUCAAAAAGGCCUGGGGAAAAGUCGAUGGGCCGGGUCGCUCCUAUCAACUUACAGACCGGGAGCGCAAAGUUGAAAAUCUCCGUGGCCAAGAGUCUGACUUCACAACCGACAAUUCCGGUUUCGCAGUGUACAACUCGCCCGCCAAAGAGCGCCUUUUCACUGACGACGAUGCCGUGAAAGCGGGGUACUAUGCCGAAGUGGAAGAUCUCCUCCGCAAAAAUCUCUCGGGCGUGAAAAAAGUCGUCAUUUUUGACCACACUAUCAGACGCAGACUUCCUGGCUCAGCGCGCAGUCCCGUGCAACUCGUGCACGUCGAUCAGACGCCCGCUGCCGCGGAAACAAGAGUCCGGCGCCAUGCGCCCCAAGAUGAAGUUGAGGAGUUGUUGAAGGGUCGGUACCAGAUUAUCAAUGUCUGGCGACCGAUUGAGAACCCGGCGACGGAUUUCCCGUUAGCGGUUGUUGAUUGGAGGAGUACUUCGCCGGAUGAUUUCGUGAAGGUUGACCUUCUUUACCCCAAGGAAUGGCAGCAGGGUCAGGAGGUUGCACCGGAUCCUGAGUCUAUGCUUUCCACCGACGGGUAUGAGGUUAAGGGGGAGACUUAUGCGAUUGCUCCCAAUGAGAACCAUCGUUUCUUCUACCAGAAGGAUAUGACUCCUGAUGAGGUCAUGCUUCUCAAGUGCUUUGAUUCUAGGAGCCAUACUCUGACGGAUGGCCGGACUGAUAUUGCUCAUGGGACUGGUCAUACUGCUUUCUUUGAUCCGCAGACUCCUGAGGGAACGCCUGGGAGGCAAAGUAUCGAAGUUAGAUGCUUGGUCUUUUAUGAGUAA